AUGACGGCAGAAGUCGUGGAUUCCAUACCAGUUACCGAUAACGGCGAUGCAACAUCGGCGGUCUCAAGAACAGCCAUACCAGCCGAAGCGGAACAAGAAGGAACCCGGGAUGCUGUGAAGAGGUCGAGGAGAAGCGGGACGAAAAUGGCGGAGCCACGUCAUUCAAAAAAACGCAUUGCGGCCUUGGUGGGCGCUGUACUGACAGCUGCCGUGGGCGUACUCCUGGCUGCUGUCAAGCUACACCAGUGCCGGCAAGAGGUGCUGAAAAACACCAGUGAUGCAACUGAAGGGACCACAGGACGAAGACUUGCAGCAGGCGGAAAUGGAGACGGAAUAUGCGUAAGUGUGGCUGCCGCAGGACCGGGAUACCGGCAAGCCGGUAGCGUUCCUGUCGUUUUCGUCAGGUGCACGUCACAGCCUCUCCAACUGUCCGCAUCUCCAUGA